CAAGUAUUCCACACCGGUGAAGAUCAGAGAUGGUCGACCACAAGAUGGAAGAGAGACUGUGCUACGACGGUGAGAAAGAUGGGUGGAGGACGGUGAGAACGAUAGGGUUAGCGACUUAAAGGAUGCGCAACUGGAGGAGAAGGACAACGACAUGGUGAACGAGGCGGGAUUGGGUGGUCGCUGCGGAGGACGACGGCGGUGGAAUGGGUGUUUGUUGGCGGAGGACUGCGGCGGUGGAUUGGAUGGAUGCAGCGAAGGACUUCCAAUUGCUCAGAGGAGGGUUACUAUGCGUUUGGUUUGUGAUUUUUUUGCAUUUUGUUUCUUGGACAGUUAUGGAAUUUCCACUUUUAAAUUAGGGUCAUAGUAGUAGAACUAUGACGACAUUUAGCCAUCCAGAUUUAUUACCGCUGUGAAGGGCUACUCAAAAACUAGUAAUUAAAUAAAAACAAAUACAAAAAAUACGAGAAUAAUAAUACGCAUCAAAGAGGAAAAUAGUGGAAUCCUUACUUGGUUUCAAAGCAGUGUUCCUGUCUAUAAUCCAUUGCAUGUCAAAGCUUGAUUGAAGCUUCUACACGCCAAAGAAAAUGUGACCACCAACUCCUCUCUCUUGUGAUCGGGACUCAGAAAAACCAGGCCGUUGAGCUGUUGUUGUAUUCUGUCGCCUCUCCCAUCAUUUCCACUUCCCCACCAGACACUCUUUGCUUCAAGAUCCAGAUACCUUUGCUGCUCUCAAUAUCACAUACCUUAGCCAACUAACGUUUUAGGUGAGACAUCACCAGGCUUUCAUUCCUCUCACCCACUCACUCACUCACUCUUCUUGCUUGCUUGCUUGCUUAAUCAAGAGUCUUAUAAUGCUCACUGCAACCUCACAUUCCUUGUCAUCAACCUCAGAGAAAAUUAACUCUCACUCCUCCACAUCUUUGAAAAUGCCUGAUGCUGAGGUCCAACGCAGUUGCCAAUGGUGGUGGAGAAGAUCCUUAUCUCGACUACAAUCGAGAUUAAUGUUCGUCGUCUCCCUCAUUUUUGCAGUCAUGCUUCAUCAUCCUGCUGGUGCAUAUGAUCCAUUGGACCCAAAUGGGAACAUAACCAUCAAAUGGGACAUCAUGUCUUGGACUCCGGAUGGCUAUGUGGCAACCGUAACGAUGAGCAACUUCCAGAUGUACCGGCACAUAAUGAGCCCAGGUUGGACAUUGUCAUGGUCAUGGGCAAAGAAGGAAGUGAUAUGGUCAAUGGUGGGAGCUCAAACCACUGAGCAAGGUGACUGCUCCAAGUUCAAAGGCAACGUACCGCAUUGCUGCGAGAAGACUCCCACAGUUGUGGACCUGCUCCCUGGAGUGCCCUACAACCAACAAUACAGCAAUUGUUGCAAGGGAGGUGUGUUGGCAGCUUGGGGGCAGGACCCUUCAGCUUCUGUCUCGGCUUUCCAGGUCAGCGUUGGCCAAGGUGGAACUUCCAACAAAACGGUCAAGCUUCCCAAGAACUUCACUCUUCUAGGUCCUGGUUUAGGCUACACCUGUGGACCUGCAAAGGUUGUUCCUUCUACUGUGUUCAUGACUCCUGAUCGCCGCCGGAAAACACAAGCACUCAUGACUUGGAAUGUAACAUGUACUUACUCACAGUUCCUGGCCUCCAAGCAUCCAAGCUGUUGUGUCUCAUUCUCAACAUUCUACAAUGAAACAAUCACUCCUUGCCCUAAUUGUGCAUGUGGUUGCCACAGUAAAAGCAGCUGUAUAACGAGCAACUCCAAGGAAGCUCACAAGAAGGGAAUCAACACGCCGAAGAAGGACAACACGCCGCUGCUGCAGUGCACGCACCACAUGUGCCCGGUUCGAGUGCACUGGCACGUCAAGGUGAACUACAAAGAAUACUGGCGGGCAAAGAUUGCAGUCACCAACUUCAACUACAGGAUGAACUACACGCAGUGGACUCUCGUCGUUCAGCAUCCUAAUCUAAACAAUGUCACCCAGGUCUUCAGCUUCGAUUACAAACCUCUUGUCGCUUACCAGUCGAUAAAUGAUACUGGGAUGUUCUACGGGAUGAAGUUCUACAAUGACCUGAUAAUGGAAGCUGGACCAUUUGGGAAUGUGCAGUCUGAAGUUCUUCUUAGGAAGGACCAGAAUACCUUCACCCUAAAGCAAGGAUGGGCAUUUCCUCGGAAGGUUUACUUCAAUGGGGAUGAGUGCAUGCUGCCACCACCUGAUGCUUACCCUUACCUCCCAAAUCUUGCCUCCGCAACUCCUCUCCCAUUUCUCACAGCAGCAGCAGCUUGGUUCCUUCUCAUGUUGCAGUGCAUCUUGUGAUAAACCCUACUCCACAAGGAAGUGUGAUUGUUUUUGAAGGUUCAGUAAAAGAGAUAAUGAAGAGUGGUUUCAGAAGGACCUGGAAUGCCGUACCCGGUAAGUAAACAUCAUUGAACCUGGAAAUUUUUGCCACCCAGAUACGAUGCUCCGACCAUAUGUAUAGUUCAAUUGUGGAGACUGUUUGCAUGUGAGAAAGAGCCUGGUAAUAAAUAGCGUGUACUCCAAGCAUUCUUGAAACUUCAAACUUUUGUCACUGCUAAAAGGGAGUUGGAAUUAUUAAUGUAUCUGCUGUAACUUUUCAACUUUGUUCAACUUGUAGUGUUUUUGCAUUUAAGAAGUAUGUCAAAGAACAAAAAUCUGAGCCACAU